CAGCAAUUUGGAUUGCAAUAAAUAUAAUGGACUUGUCGCCCAUUAAUCAGAUAGAGGAUCGAAAACCUAUAUUGACAGCUGACGGCCUUGCGCAAACAUCAAAUUCGCCUUUCGAGCCCACCACUGUCUCACAGGAGACGCAAACAUCGAACGGCAUAGGCGGCAGUCAUUUGACAGUAGAACAGCUCGACAUCGAAAUAUUGCCCAUCAUAUACGACAUAGUGCGCUGCAUCGAAAAGGACCCGCUCGAGAACUCGGUAAAGCUACGUGAAUCUCAGGACUGUAACCAUAAGAUCUUUGAGCUGCAGAAACGCUUGGAGUCGGCGCGGGAGCAGAUCAAACAGCUCCCCGGCAUUGACUACAACAAGGAGGAGCAACUGCAGCGUCUCGAGCUGCUGCGCAAUCAACUGAAGCUAAAGCAGCAGCUUAUACGGAAGUAUAGGAAUAAAGAGUUCUAACAUCCAGCCACCCCGUCAACACCAACAUGAUCCU